AUGUCGAUAGAAUCGAGAACAGUCGAUCACCAAGAAAAUCCUGAGAAGCCAACAUUGAAAGCAUCAAGAGGAUUCCUCCAGAACCCUGAGACCUCGAGCCAGGGAGAUGACGCCAGCCCAGAAAAGACACAAGACAAGAUGGGUUUCAUUUUUUCAAAGAUCGCUAAACAAAUUGGUUCAAAACCCUGCGUGGCUUACGACAGCGCAGGGACUAAAGUCUCAAUGAACUCGGGCGAUGACUUGAUAACCCCAGAGACCCCAGAACUUGACGACGCACCAACGAGACCCGGCAGCACAUCCAGGCUCAAGCAUAUCACAAGCAAUGACUUCGAGCACCAGUCCAGCUUGUUAUGGCCAUACGUGAAAAGCCAUGCUCAUCAUAAUGACCUGGAGUCAGAAAACCCUCUCAGGCUUCGACGACCAGCGCUCUAUGAGGAGUACUGGGCCUGUGAACCAAGACCAACUUCUAGCUAG